AUGUUCAUGGCAGAGGACAUCGGGAGGGACCCCAAGGCGUGGACAGACCCUGAGGAGUUCUGGCCGGAGCGGUUCCUCGACGGCGGCGAAGGGGAGGACGUGAGCCCGUCUCCAGGGCCCAAGGACAUCAGGGUGAUGCCGUUCGGAGCCGGGCGCAGGCAUUGCCCUGGCGCGGGGCUUGCCGUGAUUCAGGCCAAGUGCUUCGUGGCCGCACUCGUGCGCGAGUUCGAGUGGGCGCUGCCGGCGACUGGCGGCGGCGUUGACCACACGUCCACCAACGCUUUGUUCUUGAAGGUGAUGGCGUCGCCGCUUAGAGCGUGCAUCGUGCCACGCCGGUCCUAG